UUGGUCUCGGUGUCUGUCCGGGUUUGGGUAUCUCUCUGGGUGUGCGUGUGCGUGUGUGUGUGUGUGUGUCUCUCUGUCCCUGUGGGUGCCCGUCUCUCUCUCUCUCUCUCUGUCUGUCUCUCUCUGUCUCUCUCCCCCCGAGAGCUCCUCUCGAAGGCGUCCCGGACGCCAUGCCCCCAAAGGCGGCCCCUGGGCGGAGGCGGCCCCGGACCCGAAUGGGGAGGGUGCUGGCCGAGAGGAACGAGGCGGUGAUGCCGGUGGGCGCGUGGGUGGAGAACGCCGGGGAGGAAGGGCAGCACUUGGCAUUCUUUUCAGCUUUUGAGGUUGAGGAGCAGCUUAAAGAAAUCCACCGAACAAAAAUGGAGAAUCUGAAACGGUUUCAAGAUAACGUGAAGAGGCGUGUGAGCGAACAAGCACGAAUGUACAAAAACCACCAGCAACAGCGAUCCUGUGACGCCGUUGAAAGAGAUAACUGGAUUAUAAGGCAAUCCUCAACUUCUGCUGAUCACCUCACUCCAACGAAAAUCACUUGUGCGCUUCAUGCCAGCAAUGUGGAGUUUGCUAUCUGCAGCCCCAGCGUAAAGUGGGUGAGCGCCCAGAGAGUGGGCAAGGUCGCAGAGGAAGCCGAAAAGAACAAGGCGUUCAAUGACCAAGCUCAGAAGCUCAGCAAAGUGACAAAGCAGGCCCGGCACAGGCUAGCAUCGUGUCAGACCAUAGCACAAGAGGAGGUGAGCGCGGGACUCCCAGGAGGUGUCUGGAAAGUAUCUCCUACAAGAGACAACCCUGUGUCCCGAAGAAAACUCCAGCCAAGCUUCGAAGAGGAUUUUACCUGUCUGGAAAACCAACAUGAUCUGCCUGCAGAGUUACAGGAACAACAGUCAAUGAAGGAUGGCAAAUGUGUCACGUUUCAGCUUAGCGAAGAGAGUGGAAAGGUUGGCAAUCGACUUGUCUGUGAGCCUCCCCCCGCAGGGCCUUACCCAGGAUUCAGUGCUGAGCACAGAGGAGCUGCCAUUCUGCAGCCUGGGGUGGACAAGGAAGAGAGCAAGAAACAGCGCCAAUGCCAGUACCUGAUGUACCGUCGUCUUUUCAUGGACCUCGAACGGGAACAGGUCAAAGCCCAGCGACGGCAGAGAGAGCACGAGAAGAGAAUAGCCGUAAUUAAGGAGGAGAAAGAGAGGCUGAGGAAAGCUGCAGAGAAUCGGCUGUAUCAGGAAAUUCAUCAGAGAUGCCUCAUGGCAGAAAGUGAAAAGAUGCUUCAGGCAAAGCUGCAGGAGGAGAGGAAACGGGAACAACGGGGAAAGGUCCAGAAAGAUAAGGAGACAACCAGGUAUAUUGAAGCCCUGAGAGCACAGACAAUGGACAAGAUUAAACUGCAAAACACCGAUCUGGCCCCACUCUGCUGCUGUGGGAGCGACUUCUGGGACUCGCACCCAGAUAUGUGUGCCAACAACUGCAUAUUUUAUAAGAACCCUAAAGUAUAUGCUCGAGCACUACAGUCUGUGUUGUCUUCCUGUGACAUGUGGGAUGGAAACCACAGAAGCCACUUCUCAAAGAGAAUUGCAUCAGCGCCUGUCCGUUCACUCCAGAAGUAAUCGAUGCUUUCUCGGAAGUCAAGACCAGAUGAAGACAAAGUUAAACUUCAUUGAAGAGACUCUAAUCAGCAGAGGUGUGUGUGUGUGUGUGCUCGGAACAACAAGUGCCUUUCCAUUGACAAAUGGUGCUGUGUUUGAUAACUUAUUUGUAUUAUGUUUAGCUAUGAGAAGUCGAUAUUGCUCUGUAAUCCAUUCAUUGACUUUUUUUCCGUUAAAAAAACUGAUCUCCGUUUUAAAAAAUAUCCGUAAAUUGGAAAAACAAGGUUCUGGAGGAGGGAAAAUUCACAAAAUAUACACCUUGCUCAGGUCCACUCUCAUCAUCCCAAGAGUUUUGAUCUAUGUACGUACAAAGUCAAUCUUACAGUCGUACGUUUAUUGUCGCAGUUCGUUUGCGCAGCUGUUCUUUCACUGGUCUCGGCACAUGGCAAGAUUAAGAAAAUAAACACUUUGAGUAUUCUUUUA